GUGCCCGGCAUCUGCGCUGCCGGGCCGCGGCCUCGUGCGGCGGCUUCUGCUGGCGGGGGCCGCCGGCGCCGCGCUCCUGGCUCUGCUGGACUCUGCAGCGCAGCAGCCAGACUCGCCGGCGGCGGCGGCGGCCGUGCUCCCAGCGGCCGUGCUUCCGGCGGCCGCGCCGGCGGUUGCCACUGCGAGAGGCUCGGCGCCCGAGGCGAUCACCGGCUUCGGCGGGGUCGGGCGCCUGGUGGCGCUUCCCGCCCUUCUGGACCGCUGCGCGCUCGUGGGGUCGGGCAGCGCGCUGAGCGGCCAGCGGCGGGGGGCCGAGAUCGACGGCCACGACACCGUCAUCCGGG